CCACACAUGGCUCCUACAAUCACUGCAGCAAUGAGCCUCUCUCAGGACCACCUCAGCCUCUCUCACAAGCUGAGAAAGCCUGUGGUGGAGAAGCUGCGCAGAGAGAGGAUCAACAGCAGCAUUGAGCAGCUCAAGUCUCUCCUGUGUGCAGAGUUCCUCCAACAGCAGCCGGACUCCAAGCUGGAGAAAGCAGACGUCCUGGAGAUGACCGUCACUGUGCUCACACGUCUGCAGCAGCAGCAACAGCAUGGAGCUUUGGGUCAGGGCUACUCUAGAUGUUCGCAAAAGGUGGCAGACUUCAUAUCCAAGGAGAGUCUGAAGAGCCAGUCCCAGAGACCUCUGCUCCUGUCCUCCACAGAGAGAACUCUCAGCACAGUCCACAUGUGGUGCAACAAUGACAGGAGUCAGGGGAGCGCCCUCUGGAGGCCAUGGUAG